UCGUGACUAAAACCAAAAAAGGAUUUAAUAAACAAAACGUCGCCGUUAUGAGUAUAGCAGUCAUAAAAAGUAAACACAUUCAAGCAGUUAGCGCGGUUGUGAGUGUGUUUAGAGAAAAUAUGCUGAGCUCUCAGUUCUGCAUAUUCACAUCUCUAUGCGUCGCGCUGUAAUUCAAUACUUAAAUGCUGUCGCAAUCUCAUGUUCUUCGCGGAAUGAGUCUGAGCAUAAAUUGCUGCAUUCUGGUUUGAUUCAAAUUCGUUAUGCGGCAUUUUGCAUUCGAUGCUGUUGGCUCUUUGAUUAGUUUGAGCGUGUCUACCGAGCUGAAUGGUUGUCGGUCUUCUGUACUAACAGUAAUAAUUUGAAUUCGCUGGAUAAAAUUGGAGUGAAUUUUUUGGUUCAAUUUCUUACAAAGUGACAUAGAAAAUAGUGAAAAAAUGGCACAAGGAAAACUAUACAAUACGAUAAACGCGUUUAUUGAAGAAACCGAUAAUGGAAAAUUGAACACAACAUCGAACUCGGAUAUUUACACGGACCGUGAACUUGACAUGUCCGAUAUAGAGUGCGACUUCGAUCCACACAAAGGGGAUCGUGUCAAGUUGCACAUAAUGCGCGACGAUCCGCCAAAAGUGUACAAAAUUGAACCGUGGGAUGAGCUUCGCGUGCACACCGGCAAAAUUACGUCAUUAACUCAAAGUUACGGUACGGUUGAUGACGACUUUAUUUUUUACAUCAGUGAACAAAAACCACUGAACUGGGAAGCCAAACACGAUGAUGACGUGAAAUGUGUUGUGAUCGAAGGCGAAUACACCAUCGGAAAUUCGAAAUACGAAUGGCGUUGUGCAAGCAUCGAAAAGGUUAAGGAGAACGAGGAAGACAAAAGGCUCGAGGAACUUUGGUUCAAUGAUUCUAUGGAAGGAAAUGUUGCGGGCGCGGGUGCUGCUGGUGUCGCUGCUGCAGCGGCUGCACUUGAAAACGAAAAUGUUGAUUCGGAUACAGAAGCCGAAGAACGACACGUUGCAUUCGAUCAUUUAAAACGACGUGAGCCAAAUCAAGAAUAUUACGAUUUGCCCCCCGAACUGUUCAACAUCCAUUUGGAAAAGAAUCCGCGCAAAAUCAUGCAGAAACUGAAUAAGUUCGUUCCGCACGAGCUCAGUUACAACACGUACAAAAAACGAUUCCAUGCAUUGAUUUGGUUAGAGGAAGUGGAAAUGAAAGUAUCGUUCGAUAGAUACAAAUCACGCACGGUUUGGAUCGAACCGGAGAAAAUUGGCAAAAAGAACCGUUUCUCAAUCAAGUGCUCGAAAAUCGCUGAACUUCGCCCUCCGAUUGCCGUCGGUGACAAAAUUGAAGUGCGUAAUUUGAAAAACGAACGACGAUUCUACCGUGGUCUCGUUGAACGUGUUCGUGAAGAUCGGUUCAUCUUACGGUUUAGACGUGAUUUCGAAGAAGAUUGGCGGCUUGGAGACACGUACUCCGCUGAGUUUAUCUACAGCCGAACCAUUUACCAAAGAAAACAUGCAGCGGUCGACUACGCCAAGCGAAAGUUAGACGAAGCAUUUUUGUUCCCAUCCAAAUUGACUUUGGCAAAGACUUUGCAGCUCAACGCGGAAUUAAAGGAUGACAAAUUGUUGUUGGACGGCGCUGAAGUUCCAUGGUACAAAGACAACUUGAACGAAGAGCAAAAGUUUGCCGUGGCAGGAGCAUUAAGAGGUGAAUGUCGACCAUAUCCAUUCGUUGUGUUCGGCCCACCGGGAACGGGCAAAACUUCAACGAUCAUUGAAAUCAUUCUGCAAACACGUCAACACGUGAAAGACUGCGUUAUUUUGGUGGCAACUCAAUCGAAUCACGCAGCAAAUGUUGUGGCCAGUCGUUUGAUUAGCGCCGACCCAACUGUCAGCAGUGAUAUGCUGCGAUUGGUUAGCAAUGCCGUGUUGGAUCGAAAAACUUUGCCGCGGGAUUUGCAUAAGGUCAGUGCGUCUGUGAUGAAUACGAAUCUUGAUUGUGAUGAUUUGCUGGAAUUCGACGAUUUGCCAGCAGAUAUCAAGCGCAACAUAUCGUUGGAGCACUUGAGAAAAUUCAAGAUAAUUAUUGGCACGUGCGUAGGUCUGGGUGUUCUUUUCGGCACUGAUUUCAGCAAUGGUUACUUCACACAUGUCCUAAUUGACGAAGCAGCCCAGUGCAACGAAUGCGAAGCUCUGAUUCCGAUCUCUUUCGUCAAUCUCGAGCGUGGUCAAAUCAUCAUGGCUGGUGACCCAUUGCAGUUGCCUCCGAUCACAUUGAGCAACCAUGCAAAGCAUUACGACUUGGUCAAAUCGAUGCUGGAACGCUAUGUCAAUAUUUACAAAACAUUGGAAGAUGUUAUACCGGGUGAUGAUGGUUUCGAUCCAAGAUUAGUGACGAAACUGCGCCGAAAUUACCGUUCGUUGCCUAGCAUUUUGCAUUUCUACGACAAGCAGUUCUACGAUUCACAAUUAAUAUCAACGAUCUGCGCGGAAAACAGUCCAGAAGCGAUAAAAUUGCGUGAAUUGGCCCGCAUUCUGCCCAAGCGAACGGAUCCAAAAACCAAAAAUCCAUUUGGCAUUUGUUUCGUCAAUGUCGAUGGACGAAACGAGCGAAUGCAAAACAAGAAAUCGUGGGAGAACAAGGAAGAAAUGGCUUUGAUUCGAAAUUAUAUACCAAAGUUGCUCGAAAGAAAGAUUGACGAAGAGGAUAUCGGUGUGAUCACGCCAUAUCAUGCUCAGGUGAUCUCUCUGAAGAAGGAGCUGAAGAUCAAGAAACGGAUCACCGUUGGCACCGUCGAAGAAUUCCAGGGUGAAGAAAAGAAGGUGAUCCUCAUUUCGGCCGUCAAAACAUCCGGCAAAGAAAAGGCGCUUCAAUUCAUUUUCUGCCCAAAACGGCUCAACACAGCAAUAUCCAGAGCUCGAAUGUUGGUCGUCAUUUUUGGAAGACAAUCGCUGCUCAGCGGUGAUGAGAACUGGACCGAAUUGAUUGAAUAUUGCAAGACGAACGAAUCAUACAUUGAUGGCAAGGAUCUACUACAAAUGCUAUAAACAGCUGCUUCUCGUAUUAUCGCUCACCAUACAACCAUACCACCUGAUCUACGAGUACCCCGUUAUACCAAUUGACUUGAUUUAUGUGAAAGCAACAUAUUACAUUCAAUUUAGUCAAGAAACAAACACCUCCAACAAAGUUAAGAAAAAGACACAUUUUCAAAGCAAAUACAUCCAUAAUCAUUUCAUAACGGAUCCGAACAAAUUCCGUCAAUUUAGUAAAUUGAAAAAUAUUGAAAUUUAUCUCAAAUAAACCCACUUCAUUUCACUGAUUUAAAAAUCUCCGAAAAAAAAUAAUAUAAAGAACACCGCAACUGAGAACACCGAUUUUAAUACGUAGAGUCUACAGCUUUCAGUGGCGAGUUGCUUCCUACUUUCAAUAUUUUUCAAUGUGAUGAAAUGAAUUUAUUUUCAUUUGGAUUCAAAAAAACAAAUGAAAAAACAUAGAAAAAAAAAUGCUCAAAAUCAAUAACAAGCUUUUAAAUACCAUUAAUGCCAUGCGGCAUCUGGCCUGUUUCGUAAUGAUGGCCUCACUUCUCCUCUAACAAUAUUCCAACUGCAACCUACUCUAUCGAGAAAUAAAAUAGCAGAAAAAAAAGAAUAUGUGCAUUGAGUGUAUUCCAAAGCAUGCAUUUUAUAAAGCAUUGUACAAUCAAAUCACGCUUCACAUCAACAACGAUAGCCUUUAAACAUUGUUAGUGCCUCAUGGUAUUUUCUUUUUUUUUUGAUAUUCUUGAUUCACAUUUUAAAAAAUUCUCUCUAAAACACAUAAGUCCCACUAAAAUACAACUCAUAUGAAAAUAAAUUUUUUUCGUGUCGUAUAUUUGCCAUGAAUAUGGAACAAAAACUUGUGUGGCAAUUGGGAUUCGAUGUUACUGGCGAGAAACAGCCAGGUAUUCGAAUUUCACUAAUCAUUCAUGGGACAUUAUCUUUGAAAAAAAAAAUGCAUGCUCUUUUUGAAUACAUAAACUCAUUUAUUCAUACCACACCCAUUCCACAUGACAAAAAAAUCCUACAAAUAUCAUUUUUAAUCCAGACUGGAUACUUUCAUUUUCAUAAAUAUUACGUUUAAGCUCCAUAAAAUAAUUGUCAUAAUUGCCAUAUUAUUAUAAUAAUAUAAAUUCCAGAAUUACACAAAAAAAAAAUCCAAAUCUUUUGUCGAUUUUUGUAUUUGCUAAUGAAAAAAUAAAAAUAAAAACGGACAAAGAAAAAAAA